AUGAUAGCCGUAAUCCGGCAAUAUUUAGGGCUCUCCAGGACCCGUAACUUAUAUUUUAGCGCCCGUGAUUCAAACCCUUGCACUCCUAGAGGUCCUGCCGUACAUUAUGGCGUGGACAAUAUCCGAGCCUGCUUGAGCGCGGCCGAUAGACUUGGGGUGCGCCUGGAAGGUGUGACCGCCCGAGACCUGAGAGAGGGCAGCCUCAAGGCAAUCCUCGCCCUCUUCUUCAGCCUCUCCAAGCACAAGCAGCAGCUCAAGCUACAGGCAGAGCAGACCAAGCAGAGGAAGCACGACGAGAUGUUGUCCAGGUGA